GCUAGGGGUGGGGCCUCGGUGCCGCGAGGCGGCAGGCGACCGGCGGGCUGGUUGGCGGGCCCGCACUGGUGCGGCCAGCGGGCUGUACGACCGGCGGAGGGCUAUGGCCGCUUCUCCGGUCUCUGGCGGCGGCGGUGCGGGAGCUGUCCACUCCUGCAACGCGUCUGGCUUCGCCUUCGACUCGGGACUGGAGAUCAGAACGCGCUCGGUGGAGCAGACGCUGCUGCCCCUGGUUUCUCAGAUUACCACACUUAUUAACCAUAAAGAUAAUACCAAAAAGUCUGAUAAAACUCUGCAAGCAAUACAGCGUGUGGGACAAGCUGUCAACUUGGCAGUUGGAAGAUUUGUUAAAGUAGGGGAAGCUAUAGCCAAUGAAAACUGGGAUUUGAAAGAAGAAAUUAAUAUUGCCUGCAUUGAAGCUAAGCAAGCAGGAGAAACAAUUGCAGCACUCACGGAUGUGGCCAGAUGGAAUCAUCUGGACUCGGAUGGCCAGAGCACAAUUCUGACAGACAAAACAGGAGUUGUGCAGGCCGCCAGGCUGCUGCUGUCCUCGGUGACAAAGGUGUUGCUGCUGGCGGACCGCGUCGUCAUCAAGCAGAUAGUGACGUCCAGAAACAAGGUUCUUGCAACCAUGGAGAGACUAGAGAAAGUAAACAGCUUUCAGGAGUUUGUCCAGAUAUUCAGUCAGUUUGGAAAUGAAAUGGUGGAGUUUGCGCAUCUGACGGGAGACAGACAAAAUGAUUUGAAAGAUGAAAAGAAAAAGGCCAGAAUGGCAGUGGCGAGGGCCGUGCUUGAAAAGGGCACAAUGAUGCUCCUCACAGCUUCAAAGACAUGUCUCAGGCAUCCCAGCUGUGACUCAGCCCAUAAAAACAAAGAAGGAGUGUUUGACCGGAUGAGAGUGGCCCUGGAUAAGGUCAUCGAGAUCGUGACUGAGUGCAAGCAGAGCGGAGGGACUGACAGCUCAUCUAUCAGCAUUUUCACUGGGAUUAAAGAGUUGAAGUUGAAUAUUGAAGCUCUUCGGGAGAAUCUUUACUUUGAGUCCAAGGAGAACCUUUCUGCUGCAUUGGAGGUCAUCUUGGAGCGUGUGGAGGACUUCACCGAUUCUGCCUACACCAGCCAUGAGCACAGGGAACGCAUCUUGGAGCUGUCUACUCAGGCGAGAACAGAACUGCAACAGUUCGUUUCCGUGUGGAUGCAAGCUCAAAGCAGGAAGACCAAGAGUGCUGCCGAGGAGCUGGAACUCACUGUCCUGAAGGUCAGCCACGGGCUCAAUGAGCUGAGGAAAGAGCUUCAUCAUACAGCGAUGCAGCUGGCAGCCGACCUGUUAAAAUUCCACGCUGAUCAUGUGGUUUUAAAAGCAUUAAAACUUACUGGAGUAGAAGGAAAUUUGGAAGCGUUGGCUGAAUAUGCCUGUAAACUCUCUGAGCAGAAAGAACAGCUUGUUGAGAUGUGUCGGUUGUUGCGGCAUGUGUCUGGCACGGAACCCCUUGAAAUAACCUGCAUGCAUGCAGAAGAGACAUUUCAGGUGACUGGGCAACAGAUCAUUUCUGCUGCAGAGACGUUGACGCUGCAUCCGUCUAGCAAAAUCGCUAAGGAAAACCUGGACGUGUUUUGUGAGGCUUGGGAGUCUCAGAUUAGUGACGUGGCAGCGCUGCUCAGAGAGAUCAGUGACGUGUUUGGAGGAAGACGAGGAGAGAAGUACGACCAUCUUUCGCUUCCAAAGCCCAUGAAGAAUAACGCAAACCUGAAAUCCUUAAAGCCUGACAAACCUGAUUCAGAGGAGCAGGCCAAGACAGCAAAGCUGGGACUGACGCUUGCCUUGCUCACCUCCGAUGCCGACCGUGAACUUGAGAAGUGGGGGGAUCAGGAGACCGAGAUUGUUCGACACGGCAGGAACAUGUCCAGGAUGGCCUACUCCCUGUAUUUGUUUACUAGAGGAGAGGGACCACUGAAAACAUCACAGGACUUAAUUCACUUCCUAGAGGUUUUUGCUGCAGAGGGAUUAAAGCUUACUUCAAAUGUACAGUCAUUUUCGAAACAGCUGAAAGAUGAUGACAAACUUAUGCUUCUCCUGGAAAUAAACAAGCUAAUUCCUCUAUGCCACCAGCUUCAGACAAUAACUAAGACAUCUUUGCAGAACAAAGUGUUCCUAAAGGUUGACAAGUGUAUUACAAAGAUAAGGUCCAUGAUGGCUCUCGUGGUCCAGCUCCUGUCACUGUGCUAUAAGCUACUGAAGAAGGUGGAAAAUAACCAGUGGGUGUCCACGGCGAAUAAAGAUACCAUGGAUGGGAAGACUUGAGCAGCCUGCAGUUCAUCUCUUGAGUAUCACGUGGCACAGCUGACCUUUCUAAAAAGCAAAUGACCCUUUGUAUUUUCAGAAAUUCAUCGGUUUUUUUUUUUUUUUUUAAAGAGAAUGCUGAAAUCUUUCUUUCUUCUGAUCUUCAGAUUAGAAAGCUUAACGAGAGUCACUGCCGUGGCAGUUGCUAAGAUUCUAAUGGCAGUGUGAUUUUAAAGUAGACAUUGUGUUCAGGGUGUUCUUCAGCACACACCAAAUGUCCAGCUGUCUUAAUGACAGCUGAAUCCCAAAGACGCAAUCGUGAAUGCAUACGCCCCUUUGGCAUCCUUAACUGUUUUAUUUAAGCUGAUUAUCUACAACACUAAUUUCAGCAGAAACUAUAUAGUGACCUGGUUGAAUGCAGAGGUUUUCUUAGACCUGUGGACUCUUUUUCAGUUCUUGUUGAAGCAGGCUAAGGGUCCCUCAGAUGCCUGGUCACAUCGCUGCUAGCACUGUUGCUUCUAACAAGCAUCUCACCGGGUAAGGUCAUUAGGCCACAUCUGUCCCUUCCCUGCUUCAGAAAGGAAGACAACAGAAGUCACUCCAAAGAACCGUGGAGCAACCAGAAGAGGAAAUGGCUUUUUAUUCUAGCUGUAGUAUGUAUAGCUGACCAUGUAGUCCUGGAUAGUAGAUGGAAUCCUAAGUAUUUUUUACUGGUUUAAAAACACAGUUUUGAACUAUCCUUUUCAGUAUUGAUGGAAUGGCUGGGGCAGAAGACAGAAAAUUAGAACCAAGAGGCUGUUUAAAUUCCAGAUACCUGUGCACUGUGUUUUAUGUAUUUGGCAUUGGAAUGCUCAUUUUUAGACGCUUUAACUCUCGGGUUUAAACUUUUUCUUGGGCUGGGGAAUUGACUCUGCUGGUAACCUGUUUGCCUUAUAAGCUAUGUUGUAAAGCAAGGACAAGAUCGCCUAGGAGAUCGUUCAGCUGAUCUGCUGUAUUCCCGAGUAUCAGAACAAGGGCUGAGGGAGGAAGAUGCACAGAACUCUCAUCUCUUUAGCUCCCAUCAGAGAUGUUAACACAACCAGUUUUUCAAAAGCAGUGGAAUGCUGCUGCAGACUGCUGUUAAGAGGAAAUGAAUGCAACCAUCUCCUGUGAAAUAGUCUCAGAAUUGUUACCAACUCAUACGAGUGAAAAUUCUGUGAUUUCUCUUUAAACUGAGAAGAAGGAUGCUAACUUCACUGGAUUCUCAGUGUAAAUAUUUUAGUAAUAAAGCAGAUCCCUCAAUAAAACCGAUGAUAGGAUCAUCGGGUAUGUGGUAACAAUGACAUUAUCUUUGUUAACAAAAUAGGGAUUGUUAACUAGUAUUAAACAUGUGAUAAUGUACACUUCAAUAAAAAUUAUGUUCAGUAACUGAAUUUGUACCAACUAGUUUAAUUUUGAUCCAUUAACCAAAUUGGGGUGGGGCAUACUGGUCAGUAAUAACAUUAAAGGUGCCCUUGCAACCU